AUGGAUGUCGCCCGGUUGGUUCGCAGAUCUCCUGAGUCGGCGGUGAUGCUCGUAGACAUGGCCACGGUAAAGGCUGUGGCAACGGACGCCGAGUGGCACCCACUGCCGCAGAGAGUGUCGUUUCAGCAGCGUUGGAACAGUGUCCAGAGCAUCUCCCUCUAUGAAACGGACAAGUACUGGGUUUUCGAUGAGCACUUCCUUGAGCACCCCUCGUGGCACAGCAAGAUCCCUCACAAUGAUGUGGGCAUGGGCUCAGAUGCCAACGUUCGGGUGUGCCAUGUCCCAAACAUCGUCUCGCCGAACGUCUUUGCGGCCCUGGUUGGUUUGGGGGACUCGGGCCUGUGCCUGUAUGAAUCCCGCACGCUGCGUGCCGCGGUGUCCUACACUUUCGAAAACGGUGCCAGGUGGUUUGAGCGGGUGCAGUGCCUGAUUUCCGUCUGGGGCCUGAGCCUUCUAGUCUUCAGGACCUGCUUCAAUCAUGAGGGAGAAGUCGGGCAAGGGGCGACCUCGCUCUAUCAACAGAUGGACGAAGGCGUCUUUGACCCCACCAACAAAUACGGAGUCGUCGCGGACUGGACGAUUGCCAAGGGCGUCGUUGACUUGUGCCUGGAGGUGGCCGAGAUAUAUGGGCGCAUGCGCACUGGAGAGCUGAAAGGCUACCUCACCUUUGGCAACGCCUGGGAUCUCAUGCGCAGCAUCAUUCCCAUCGCGCUGCUUGCUUUUCACUCCCAUCGCUUGCUACACCUUCUGGUCGUCUUGAUCUACUGGAUGCGAAUCUUGGAGAGCGUCAUCUUGAGCGAGUGGAUCGGCUGCGCUCUCCUGCCUUUGCAGAAGCUGCUGAUCGGGCUCAUGCCAGCCCUUGCCUUCACGGUCUUCUGCUUCGGCGCGCUCACGCACGCCAUGUACACGGUGCAGGUGACCGCGGAUCAUCUCUGGCCGACCACCGUCUUCCACACCUUCGCGACGCUGAUCACGCAGGGCCUGCCUGCAGACGAGCCCAACGAUGGCCUGGAGCUCCUCGUGCUCUACGGGGGCGUCCUCUUCUUCUCCAUCUUUGUCCUCAACAUCUUCAUCGGUGUCAUUGACGAGGAGUACAAGAACGAGAAGGAGCAGUCUCAUCUGAAGUUUGUUGGCCUCAGGGCCUCCUCGUGCCUCACCUACCUGCUACGUGUGCGCGUGAUUCCCUGCCUGCUGAGCAGCAAGGCAGCUUGUGGAGCGGCGUGCGUGGCCUUGCUCGUGUCUGCCGGACUCCAAACUGCGGCGAUUUGCGGCGCCCGCCUCCCGGGGCAUCUCCAGCUGCUCGCCUUCCAGGUGUGCCAGCUGAUCAUCUUCCUCGCGCCUUUCCAACGUGAUGAUGGGCCCUGGACAGACCGUUUCGCUCCUUCGGGCGAGGUUUUCAGGGGCUCUGGCUACCUGGCAGUGAAUGCAGAAGAAGAACCCGUACGAAGGGGCUUUACGGGGCCCAGGGCCCUUGUCGACGCCGACAUUACAAGGGUAUGGUAUGAUUGA